AACACGAGUGGGCUCGAGGGGGCGGUGGUGGACUGUCAGUGGAAACAUGGCGUGGACGAAGUCGAGCAAUGAUUCAUCUCGGUAGUUUAAACGUUAAUUCGGAGUUAGCGUUUAACACGAUCGGAGUUUGACGGGUGACCUCGGUUGUUGGCGCCGUGUCGGUGUGAGAGACCCGGGGGAGGAGCGGCGAUAGUGGGCGAGUUUUUAUCUCAGGAACGGCAGCCGUCAGGAGGAAGUGCCACCGCCUGCUCCAGCGCUCUCAGCAGGGGACACAGAGAGCCUGUUUACGGUCAUGGCUGCCCUCGGGAACUCGGGGGCCACCUCCAGUCCUAUGGUGAUCCUGGCGCCGAAGACCAAAACGAAAAAGAAACACUUCGUGCAGCAGAAGGUGAAGGUGUUUCGGGCCAGCGAUCCGGUCCUGAGCGUCUUUAUGUGGGGCGUCAAUCACUCGAUAAAUGAUCUGAACCAGGUGCCUGUUCCUGUCAUGCUGCUGCCCGAUGACUUCAAGGCCAACACCAAGAUCAAAGUCAACAACCACCUCUUCAACAAAGAAAACCUUCCAGGACAUUUCAAGUUCAAAGAGUACUGUCCUCAGGUCUUCCGAAAUCUAAGGGAACGAUUCGGUAUUGAGGAUCUGGAUUAUCAGGUGUCGCUGACUCGCAGUCCCCCACUGAGGAGUGGGGACGACCAGGGAGAGGGUCUGCUCCUCAACUCUUACGACCGAGCGCUAGUCAUCAAGCAGAUCUCCAGCGAGGACGUCGCGGACAUGCACAGCAUCCUCUCGGAGUAUCACCAGCACAUAGUGAAGUGUCAUGGCAGCACCCUCCUGCCGCAGUUCCUGGGCAUGUACCGGGUGAGUGUGGACAGCGAGGAGACCUACCUGAUCGUGAUGAGGAACAUGUUCAGCCACAGGCUGGUGGUGCACAGGAAGUACGACCUGAAGGGCUCCCUGGUGGCACGAGAAGCGAGUGACAAAGAAAGGGUAAAAGAGCUUCCAACCUUCAAGGACAUGGACUUCAGGAACAACAUGCAGAAGGUUUAUGUAACCGAGGAGCAGAAGGAGAAGUUCAUGGAGAAGCUGAACAGAGAUGUGGAGUUCCUGGUGAAGCUGAAGAUCAUGGACUACAGCCUCCUGCUCGGUAUCCACGACGUGGGCCGAGCCGAGCGGGAGGAGGAGGAGGGCGAGGAGGUCUCCAACGAGGAGGAGCAGGAGGCGGAGAACGGCCUGGCUCCGGGCGCCACAGUGGGGUCGUACGGCACCUCUCCGGAGGGAAUCGCCGGCUACAUGUCGUCCUGCAAACCUCUGGGACCCGGAGAGUUCGACCCCUACGUGGACGUGUACGCGGUCGGAAGCUGCUCAGGAGCCCCUCAGAGGGAGGUCUACUUCAUGGGCCUGAUUGACGUCCUUACUCAGUACGACACCAAGAAGAAAGCGGCUCACGCAGCAAAAACUGUCAAACACGGGGCUGGUGCUGAAAUCUCCACGGUCCACCCCGAGCAGUACGCCAAACGGUUUCGCGACUUCAUCUCAAACAUCUUCGCGUAACACUCUGACCUGCGAAACACUGCCACAAAAUCAACCUGACCGAGACGCUAAAAGUCAGUUUUAUCGUUGACCAAAAAUAGUAUGCACACACACACACACACAUCAUUAUUUAAAUUUGGUGAUUUGAGGCGAGACUUAACGUUGUAGCAAUAUAAUGUACUACUACUACUUCUGAUGCAUAUAUUUAUUUUUAAGGUUUAAGAUGUAUUUCUUAUAGACAUUAAGCACUCUUAAUGGAAUAACUCUGGAGCAAUAGGGUACGUGGAAACAAACUGCUGUUGAUCAGUGUUCAUAAUGUUAGACCACAUCAGGUUUCUUAAAGAAGAUAUAUUUGGAAAUACACGUAUUCACUCUCUUGUUGAGUUAGAUGAGAAGAUUGAUACCACUCAUGUCUGUUAAAUAUGAAGCUACAGCCAGGACGUGGUUAGCUUAGCUUAGCUUCGCAUAAAAACUGGAAAUAGCUCAACUGACUUUUUUGGCUUAGAACUGAGUCACUACAACCGGCAAAGAAAUAAUCUUGGACGUAACUCACUCACGUUUUUACAGCUCAGUUUUUGUACACAUUAAAUGAACAUGUGAAUUAGCGAAGGGGGUUAGCUGUAUCCCCCGGUUUCCAUUCUUUAUGCUAAGCUAAGCUAAGAUAAGCUAAGCUAACAGGCUAUUGAGAGAGUGUUGAGUCAAGAUGGAUGUUUUUAAAAAAAAAAAGAAGAGAGAAUAAAAAUUUGGUGCAGCUGACCCAGAGAUCUCUGCUGUGUCUCAAAUCGGAUACUUCAGUUUGCGAUGUUGCGAUCAAAUCAAACAUGGCCGCCGUGACGAUCGCAGCCCGCCAAAAUAUCCACCGGCUGCUUCGCUCACUUGACUUAAAAACAAACAUUUUCCUUUCUCAUUUCUGCCCCUCGUUUCAUUCAACAAGUAAAUUAUGCCACCAUUUUGGAAAAGACGUUGCUGAGCCCUUCACUUCCGCUACGUAGUCAAAAUGGCGCUUAUUGUUGGUGACAGGUUUCCCAUCAUUACACCCUCAAACGUACUCAAAUUAAGACACAGCAGUCGUCCUUUUUUAUUCCACAUGUUCUUUAUCAAAACUGGGUGCCUACAUUACCCACAAUGCCCCCGCUGCCAGUUCACUAAGAGAAUUGGGUGUGUUGUGCUAGCAGCGGCUAAUAACUACUCGAUCUACUCCUCUGACUCAGCCAGAAAAACGAAUAUGUCCCAAAAUAUGAGACUGUUCCUUUAAAUCCUAAACUAAUCUUUAAUGGAGAUGGGUAUUAACACUAAUGGUAGUCUAGACAGUGCAGUUUCUAGUGUAAUGAUAUUAUUUAUCUACAGAAACAGGCCAUUUGAAUGUUCAGAGUGCCAAAUGUGUGGGAUCAAAGCUUUAUCAGAGCAGGAUUUGCACUUUGCAUACAGUUAAAUCGAAUGGACCAAAGUCUCUGCUAAAUUAUAAAGAAAUGUACAGAACAGCCUUGUUCAUUGAACCAGUAAAUGUAUGGUAUUUGAAAUAAGAAGCAUAUCAGAUUAUUUAGCCUGUAAAAUGUUUGCCAGCCCUGCUUCUCUGAGCUACCACAGCCUGUAAACAGAAUGUGGAGCGGCUGACCUCAGAGCUGAAACCUGCAUUAAUGAAGUGACCGGUCCAGAUUUAAGGCUCAGUCCUGCCUUUUCUUUUCUUUUCUUUUUUCUUUUUUUAAUUUAAUGAAAUGCGUCAUGUGUCGAUGUGUAAUUCCACAUCAAAACACCUCCUGAAAAUGAGCCCAUCCAUCAUUAUUCUGGACAGACUCCUUUUAAAAUGGAAAACGAGCGCUGUGAAUCAUCGUCAUAGGAUAAGAUUUAGAGAAAUAUAGCAAUAGAACUAGGAGCUGUUGUCUGUGUAUUGUAUGAUUUAGUGAUAACCAGGGUUACUGUGUUAAAUAUUUCAACAUUAACACUACAUUUCAGUAGCUAAUGCAGUUAGCCUUAACACAGUGAGAUGAUACAGCUAAACAAGGCAGCGUAGAUACAGUGAAACUCUGUAUGACGCCUCAUCUACUCGAUGAUUGCACAUGUUGUAUUUUUGCAAAUCAGCUUUUGGACCAAAAUAUAUUUUACAAAGAAA